UAUCUGAAUCAUCCGAAGGGUAGGACCUCCGUUUGACAAACCUCUAGUGGUUUGUCAAGCAUAUACUCCGGAGGUUAUAUCUGAAAGCGCUUUGUGUGUGUGCGAGGGCGACUGGAGACGGACGAUGGUGGCUCAGAAGAAGUUGAGCGUCACUGACCCGGAGGACGACAGUGAGCCUCUACUGCCUGCUGUCUCACACACACACUCUCUUUCUCACACACACACCAACACACACUCUCUAUCACACACACAUGCCAACACAUACACUCACACACAGCAGGCCAGCAGGAGUGGGGAGGCCAGAGACUUUUUCAUCAGCCGGGAGAGGAACCUGAGCAUCAGUGUGGUCUUAUUGUUGGGCUGCUUCUCUGCCCUGUUGGUCCCCGCCUACCUGCCCUCUGACACACCCCUCUGGACCAAUGACAGCACUCCGUCAACCAACAAGGCUCUGUUGAACCACUCUGCUGCUCUGCUGGAGGGGGAGUGUCGCAGGGGGUGGAGCCGAAGCCGGUUGGGGGAGGUGCCUUAUGCAGACAGGCUGAAUGAAGUGGGCGUGUUUCUGGAGAGUGGGAAGGCGGGGCCAUGGGAGCUGUACCCUCCCCUGGGGCUGCAAGGGGCGGAGCAAACUCUUAAGGGUGCUCUGAGCAUGCUGACAGAGAGCGGCCUCCCAGCGCAGCUCAACAGCUCCACCUGCAGGCGAUGUGUGGUAGUGGGCAGCGGGGGAGUUCUUCAUGGAAGCCAUCUGGGAGCACACAUCGACCAGUAUGACAUCAUCAUCAGGAUGAAUAAUGCCCCAGUGUUUGGCUUUGAGCGGGACGCGGGCUCCAGGACGUCUAUCAGGCUGCUGUACCCAGAGGGAGCUCCUCUGCUGGGGCACGAGUACCUCCACACCAGCCUGCUGGUCCUGGUGCCCUUCAAGAGCCUGGACCUGUACUGGCUAGCCAGCGUGGUCGCCCACAAACCCCUGAGUUGGUGGUCCAGAUUGUGGUUCUGGAGGGAGGUAGUGGAGAAUGUUCCGCUUCCGCCAGAGAACUUCCGGAUCCUCAACCCAGACAUCAUGCACAGAACCGGGCAGGUGCUUCAGGACUACACCCGGCAGCCCCACACGCUGGUGCCUACUCUGGGCGCGUGUGCGGCGGUGCUGGCGCUGCAGGUGUGUGAUCAGGUGAGUCUAGCAGGCUUCGGUUACGACCUGCAACAUCCUGCCUCUCGCCUCCACUACUACGAGACGCUGCGCAUGGGCGCCAUGGAAACACAGGUGGUUCAUGACGUCAGGGCGGAGACUCAAUUUCUACGGCAAAUGGUGAAAGCAGGCGUCAUCAACGACCUCACUGGAGCAAUCUGAUUGGCUUACUGCCUCAUGGCAGCAAUCUGAUUAUCAGAUUAUUAUCAGAGAUAAUAUCAACAUGUCUUAAAAACCCUCUCUUAAACACACACAAACAUACACACUCAGACACAGAACUUCACAGACACACACACACACACAUGGACAAACUUUGCGAUCACCGUGGACAGGAUUUUAAAAAAGUGGUUUAUUAAAAGUGAUUUAUUAACAGGAAGUUGUGCCACAUCAGGGAAACACACAGACUGUUUGCCAAUGAUAAAAUGAGACUGAAAACAAAACACUUGUGUCCACUGUUAUUUGCACAUUUGUUAAAUUACGUGUGUGUGUGUGUGUGUGUGUGUGUGUUUUCAUCUGGAUCUGGAUUGUGGUCAUUAAAAUAUGCCAAAAAGCCA